CAACAAUGAAGCAUAUUCGGGUAUAUUGGGAAAAAUCGUUUUUCAUAAAAUAAAAAACGUCGAAAACUAUGGGAUACGCCUCACGCUGUAAAAUUUUCGAGCCAGAAAAGUUCACACGUGAAGACUUAUUAAAAUAUGGACUUCAUACAGGAUAAUUCACUAAAUCCUUCUUUUUUCCUUGAAACUCGCACCACAAUUGCGUAGAAGAUAUUUUUGGUCGUAAAUCUGCAACAAUAUUGAAAAUUGGAGCUUUUUGCCUGCAUUGGCAAUGUUUGUGUACCUCGUUGUACCAGUAGUGCCAUCUACGCUGAGCUUUGCGUAAUAUUGAAUCUGGUUAGCACCAAAGAUGCUGCCUGGACGAAAUUCCCGUACGGUACUAGUCAUGUUACCUAGGUACCUAAUGUCAAAAAAGUCGAUUCGCAGCAGGAAUCAGAGAAAAGCAAAUAUUUUUUUUCUUCGUGCGGUGACUAGUCAAUUUCCUUAUUUAUUGAUUUUUCCGUGAUAGGACAAUUUAUUGGAACGCUUUCGCAUUUCGUAUUUAAAGACAAGACGAAAAUGGCGACUGAAACUCUUGUUCCCUUGGAAUCGAACCCCGAAGUAAUGAACAAGUUUCUUCAGAAUCUAGGUGUCCCAGGCAACUGGGCUAUAGUAGAUGUUAUGGGGCUCGACUCUGAAAUGUUAUCAUGGGUGCCGCGCCCAGUAAUUUCAGUAUUGCUGUUGUUCCCUAUAUCUGAAAAUUAUGAGAAUCACAAGAAGAAAGAAGAGAAUAAUAUUUUAUCAACUGGCCAAGAAGUUUCCAGUAACAUUUUCUACAUGAAGCAAAAUAUUAGUAAUGCUUGUGGCACUGUAGCUCUUGUGCACAGUGUGGCAAAUAAUUGUGAUAAAAUUGAGCUUUCAAAUGGCCCUAUGAAAAAGUUUUUGGAUGAUGCCAAAGGAUUAGAUGCUGCAGCUCGUGGGGCUUUGUUAGAAAAGACUGAAGCUAUUAUUAAUGCCCAUAAGGAAUUGGCUCAAGAAGGCCAAACUACUACACCAAGUGCUGAUGAUCCUGUUAAUCAUCAUUUUAUUGCUUUUGUACACAAAGACGGAGCUUUGUAUGAAUUAGAUGGUCGAAAGGCUUUCCCUAUUAAUCACGGACCAACAACAUCAGACAGUUUGUUGGAAGAUGCUGCCACAAUAUGCAAGGAGUUUAUGGCUCGUGAUCCAAAUGAAGUUCGUUUCACGGUAAUGGCUUUGGCAGCGGCUGAUUAAUUAAUUCUGUGAAAAGAAUUUGCUUUCUUACUCAAAUUGUCUGUAGUCUUCAAAGUAGUUUUGCUACUUGCUUUAAAUGUUCGGACAUAACUUGUAUUUGAUACUAAAAUGUGCAUUGCAGGGCAAGCUUUUGUGAUAAACUUAAUAAAGUAAAUUAUUUUAAAA